UUUAAGAAACCUUUUUAAGAUCCAAGAGGUCUGGGCUUUCGAUGUUAUUGUAUCUGAGAACAAUACUACUAGGCCUACGUGAGUUUUGUGAAAAAGAGGAGCUGACCGUGGUGCUGAAACGGCGGCGGCGGCUCGCUGUCUUCAAGGGGGCAGCCCGCACUCCGACUGAGCCGCUGAGGCGACGCGUAUCCUCCGCUCUCCGCCGAUCUGACUUCGCGGAGCCCAUCGCCGCUCCGAAACGGGCGGACCUGCCCUUCGUCCACCGGACUCCCACGGCGAGUGGCCACCCCGGGGCGAUCUUUCGCUUUCUCUUUCCUCUUUUCUGAGGGAAAGUGUUGAACGCACGCAAGGACAUUAUUCUCUGAGCUCAGGAGCGUACUCUCCAAGACAUGUGCACAACAAGAGAUUGCCGUGUGAAUGCGCUCCUCUUCAUCUUCAUCCUUUGUGCCCCGAUGGCAUACGGCCAAGGUUCUUUCCCUGGGGAAAAAGAGGGGGGGCGUGGCCUGGUCCCCACCACCCAUGACACGGAUAGAGAGGUCCACGUGGUUACGACCGCCCCUCCCCUCAACAUUCCCAACCACCACCCCCUCUUGAAGGAGUACCUGCUUCCCGAGGCCCUACUGACAAAGGAUUUCCGGGGCCAGAAGCACUUUUUUGAGGAUGACGGGGGUUCAGAACAGGACUCCACCAAGCCUUCCUCCAGCUCCCGCUUUAUCAAGGAGCCGUCCACCCACAGGGCCCCACCUGAGGCACGGGACUUCUCCGACAUAGCCUACAGUUUGGCUGGCAGGCCGGCCACCUCCCCUACAGUGAGUGUGGCCCCCAGUUCCCCAGCCCUGCCUGGGGUGGCUGCCCACGCUGCACUCCUGAACAACGGUGGGAGAACCACCAGCAGGCUGGGGGAGGGAUGGACCACCAACUCCCUCACCACACCUGUCCUGAGCAGUGCCCCUCAUCCUAGCAGCGACGGAGCCGCCCGGCCUGCCUCCAGUCAGCAGCCGGUUACCGUGACGACCAGCCUCACUCCCUCGGCCCUGACCACCUCUGCGGCAAAGGUUGUCACGGCAGCACGGGAACCCAACGCAGGCCCCCACCGUGAGGUCACCCCGGUGACAUCAUCCUCCACGGGAGAUGUGGAUUACGAAACGAUUUCCAGCACCAUCAUCACCACCACCGUCAUCACCACUGCACAGACCCCAGCUCCAUGCAGUACCAACUUCACCGCCCCAGAGGGUCACAUAGAGGUGCCAGCACAACCUGGUGCGUGGUCUUACCCCGGCGUGGACUGCACCUACGCCAUAUCCGUCUACAUGGGCUACGGAGUGGAGAUUCAGGUGUUGAAUGUGAGCCUGCUGGAGGGUGAGAUGGUGACACUGGAGGACCUGGGCUGCCGGGAGCCCUUGGUGUUGGCCAACGAGUCCAUCCUGAUGAAAGGGCUGGUGGUGCGCAGCCAGAGCAACCACAUCGCCAUCCGCUUCCGGAGCGAGCAACGGCCUCAGCCCGGCUCCUUCCUGCUGAGGUACCAGGCUUUCGUGUUGAGCUGCCCUUUCCCCCGGCGACCAGCUUACGGUGAUGUGUCCGUCACCAGCCUUCAUGCAGCUGGAGAGGCCUAUUUCUACUGCCUGAACGGCUACCAGCUUCAGGGUCCCUCGACGCUGACCUGCCGCAAUGCCACCACCCCCUACUGGAGUGGUAGGGAGCCCCGUUGCCUCGCUGCAUGUGGCGGGAUGAUUAAGCCCGCCACUGUGGGCCGCAUCGUUUCCCCCGGUUUCCCAGGCAACUACAGCAACAACCUGACAUGCCACUGGGUGCUGGAGGCCCCCUUGGGCCACCGGCUGCACAUCCACUUCGAGAAGGUGGCUCUGGCCGAGGAUGAUGACAGACUGCUGAUCAAGAACGGCAACAACAUUGACUCACCACCCCUCUACGACUCCUACGAGGUGGAGUACCUGCCCAAUGAGGGUAUCGUCAGCAGCAGCCACCACCUUUUCGUGGAGCUCAUUACCGAUGCGUCGGGCACAUCCACCGGCACAGCCAUCCGAUACGAAGCCUUUGCUCAGGGCCGCUGCUACGAGCCAUUCGUCAAGUACGGCAACUUCACCAGCAGCGACGCCAACUACACGGUGGGCGCCUUGGUGGAGUUCUCCUGCGACCCCGGCUACACGCUGGAGCAGGGCUCCGUCCUCAUCGAAUGCAUGGAUCCCAGCAACCCGCAGUGGAAUGAGACCGAGCCCGCCUGCAGGGCCGUCUGCAGCGGAGAGAUCACCGACUCUGCUGGAGUUGUCCUGUCUCCCAAUUGGCCCGAGGCCUACGACAAGGGUCAGGACUGCAUCUGGGGCAUCCAUGUGGAAGAAGACAAGAGGAUCAUGCUGGACAUCCAAGUGCUCCAUGUGGGCAAGAACGAUGUGCUGACCUUCUAUGACGGCGACGACCUGACGGCCAAGGUGCUGGGCCAGUACGCCGGGACCCGGCCACGUUUCAAACUCUACACCUCUAUGGCUGACGUUAUCAUCCAGUUCCAGUCCGACCCGGCCACUAACGUCUUCGGUUACCACAACGGAUUCGUCAUACAUUUCUUUGAGGUCCCCCGCAAUGACACAUGUCCCGAGCUCCCGGAGAUCACCAACGGCUGGAAGAGCACCUCACACCCCGAGCUCAUACACGGCACAGUGGUCACCUACCAGUGCUACCCCGGGUUCGAGCUGCAGGGCACGGAGAUUCUCAUGUGCCAGUGGGACCUGACAUGGAGUGGCGACUUGCCCAGCUGUGAGAAAGUGAGGCUGUGUGCAGACCCCGGCAACGUGGAGCACAGCCGACGGAUAACGUCAGCACCCCGGCUAACGGUGGGCUCCACGGUGCAGUACGUCUGCAACAAGGGCUACAUGCUAUCUGGCAACAGUCUGCUAACCUGCCACAACCACGACCCCGCUGGACCCAGGUGGACCAAGACUCCACCCAAGUGUGUCCCCGAGACCUACAACACCUGCAAAAACCCCGGCACCCCCCCAUUCAGCAUCCAGAGUCAAGAAAAACCCUUUUACCAGGCUGGGGAGACGCUGCGCUUCACCUGCCUUACCGGCUAUGAGCUGCAGGGGGAGCCGGCUCUCUGCUGUGUCCCCGGACGCCCUUCACGGUGGAGUCACGCGCCUCCUGUCUGCCAGGCCUCCGCCGUCGAGUACUCCAAGCGCCGACUAGAUGUUGCCGGUGCCGACUUCAGUAUAGAGGGAAUAAGCAUAGCCGUGGCGGUUUUCAUCCCUGUUGCAAUCAUCCUGGCUCUAAUCUUCGGGAUUUACCUGUACUUCUCCAAAGUACAAGGAAAGUCCUUCCUCCAGCCCAUGUCCAGCUCUGUGCCGUAUAACCACAUCACGCCAGAUUUCGCUUCCGGAGUCCGCACCUAUGACAACGGACCCCGGCUCGUGAUCUCUGAUUACUAACGGCUGUGUCUAUCUGUCCCACAGCGGCUGCAUCCCUGAAGAACCACGAGGACACCAGAGAAUACGAGGUCUCCAUUUAGAGACACUACGCAUUUCAGCAUGGGGGAAAUCAAGCCAUUUUUGCCUUGCGGGAAUUGGUCUGCACCAUUCAUCUCUCCUGUGACUCCUCCAGUACCUCCUCUUUUCCAUUCUUCUCCCCGUCUCCUGUCUCCUGAUGUAUAUAUUAUUAUUUUCAGAGGACUUCAUGCAAGCACUGCAAAGGAUGUGAAAGACAGUGUUAUUUUUGUAGAGCUCGUUACCAAUGGCCUAGCUGCAGUGUUUGUAUAUUUUCUAUCCUGUGACAUAGCCCAGCGGGAUUAAGUACUAUAAUAUGUCAUAUGGGGGGGGGGGGGGAAUGCAAUUUUUUUAUCUAUCAAUGUCAGUCAAAAUACUUUGUAAAAGUUACAGGGCAACCGUGGGGAAGAUAUUCAUUUUAAUUGUUUAAUUUAACUGUAGUUCAGGAGAUGAAGUAUUUGGUAAAUAUUGGACAAGGACAUGAUGAGAGAAAACCUGGUAUUUAUGGCAACUGCAGUCUUACACUUCCUCUGGGUUUCUGGUAUUCAGUCCAUCUCAUUCAGUAUUUAAUUCAGAGUUAUUGAUUAGACAGGAACUGGGUACCGAAUGUUACACGGCUGCAUAUCUGCAGGACCUUAUCUCUCCAAGGCUUAGCGAGAACUUGUUGCUGAUUUGAACUGGGGAAGUUUCACUUACAGGUCUCCCAGCUGUGCCAUCUAACUGUGGUGGAAAUAAAUGGAAAAAGAUUUGUAAAUCA